AUGAGGGAAAAAGGUGUCCCAGAAAAAUAUGUGAAGAUUGUAAAUAUGUAUAGAGAAGCAACAACACAGGUAAAAAGCUUAGUGGGAACAACACAGAAGUUUGAGAUGAAAGUUGGACUCCAACAAGGGUCUGCCUUGAGUCCCUAUAUUUUUGAUAUGGUAGUGGCUGGUGUGAAAGAUCAGGUGCCUUGGAGUGUACUCUUUGUAGAUGACAUAGUGGUAGUAACCACCAGUGAGGAAGAAGCAGACAGGAAAUUGGAGUUGUGGAGGAGUGCAUUGGAGGACAGAGGCCUAAAGAUAAGCAGAGCAAAAACUGAAUAUAUGUGGAUGAAUGGAGGAGAUCAAGGGGGAAGCAUCAACAUAGAGCAGGAAGAAGUAAAAAGAGCUACAUCCUUUAUGUACUACCUUGGGCCAUUGUUAAUGAUUGUAGAGGGAUGGAGGAGGAAGUGA